AUGAAAAGAUGUUCUCCAGUCCUCAACACUACCAGUGGAAAGGGCGUCGGCGAAGCAACCCUUCCAAUUUGGAGGGAUCACUUCAAGACCUUGCUGAACCGGCAAGCGCCGUCAGCUCCUGAACUCGAGCACAUUCAUAGGCCGACAUAUGCGGUUAACGAGGAGCCGAAGACCGAGUCGGAGGUCCUGGUCUGUAUCCAAGAGAUGAAAAAUGGAAAAUCUGGAGGAGACGACAGGAUUAGCGCAGAAAUGCUCAAAUAUCUUCCUCCGUCUGGGAUUCGUGAAAUGACAAAGAUCAUCCGUUCAAUAUGGAUACAUGGAAGGAUACCUGACUCAUGGAGACACGCUAUCAAAAUUCCCCUCCAUAAGAAGUUAUCCGUCACUUAUCCUAGGAAUUAUCGAGGAAUCCCCUUACUGCGUGUUAUGCACAAGGCUUUGGUGCAGAUUAUCUUGGACCGACUUAUUAAGUGUCGCGAAGAAACUAGCUGUCGUCCUGGCUGGUCUACAAUUGACCAGAGGCUCUUCUCUUUUCAUCGAGGCCGUCUUCUCACCGCGCUCCGCGCUGAUGGAGUACCAGGAAAGUUCGUUCGCUUGCUUGAUGACAUGAAUCAACGAACAACUGCUGCAGUUCAAACACCACCGUUUGAGGUGGCAACUGGAGCAAGACAAGGGACAGUGGCGGGACAAUUCCUGUUCAAUUUCGUCGACGACACUAUACGAAGAACAGUAGAUCAGUGUCAUGUCGAUAUCACUUUAGAUCGACCCCCAUCACCAGGGAAGUCAAGCUGA